AUGCUGCGUAUCAGACACCAUGGCCACUACCUGCCUCAGGUCUCCAGCCUCGACCACUCAAUCCCCAUAAUCCGCGAUUUAUGGAUUCUCGUGGCCCCCCGCCGCUUAGGCCCCCCACGUCCAAGUGAUGUUCCAUCGCAGAUCCCUUCGCCAUCGAUCUACUCAGUACGAAGUGGCGAAAACUCGGAUCCUAACUUGCCAUUGAACUCUUCAAACCCAUAUCCGUACCCUACAAGACCAGUACGAUCGUUCUCUCAUCCCAACCAGCGCCAUCAUCAACCCCGACCAACAGCCAAUAAUGAAACGCUCAGUUCAACCAGUACUGUGGACAUGAGUUCGCAUUCACCAGUCGGAACCGAUGAAUUGUUUCGUCUCUCAACCCACUCGACUUCAUCGUCCAUUCCAUAUGCGUCGAAUAUAGUUCCACUGCCGGAACGGGCCAUGCCCCAGUCCCCACGUCAAGCGUCGGGGUUGAAUAUCCCUCCUAACACGCGCCGGAGUCGAGUUCAAUCAUCAGUAUCACCAAUUCCGGAGGAAAUCCCCGAUCCCCGCCAAGGGUUUAGAUCUUACGCUUCAAGCCGCGUCAUUCCAUCUAGCUGGGGAUCUGGCCCCGCGGAAUCGGAGAUCCUAGGUGCUUAUUUAGAUGAGGGAUCUAGCGAUGAAGGCGACGAGAGACAUAACCACGAGCAUGAAUUGACAAAUCCCGUGCGCAGUGCUAGCGUUGGUAAGAGACAAAGGCCUACAAUGCGCACAAUCAUGAAAUCCAACCCUAGCUCGGAAGUUUCCAUCCCAGAUAUUCCAAAUGCUGCCCUUUCAUAUACCAGUGGAGAUUCAACUCAUGAUACGAUGGAACCGACAAAGAUGACAGUGGCGGAAGAAAUGAAUCGUAUCCCAACUAACGGUCAUAUAACAAUGCGAACCCCUAGCCCUGUGCGUCGCGGUUCGAUCUCCUCGCUUUCAGGGGAAUCAUGUGUGGAUCCCGAGAAACCGCGCUUUGCCAAACAGGAGGAGCAGAGAACGUUUCGUGGGGCCUUAGAAAAGGAACUUGAGACUUUGCCUCAGGCUGCUCCAACAAUGAGUGAUAAGAGACCCAAUGGACGCAAACCUCCCCGUCUUAAUUUGGAUGCUGUACGGGGUGCUGAGGCACGUGGAAGCCUCUCAAGCUUGACUGAUUUGAUCCGACGAGCAACCAAGCUCGCCUCAAACUUGGACCGGGGAAGGACGGCAAGUCGGGCUGAUCUUGCUGGUGAAGGUUUCUGUUUUAAUGAUUCUGGAUAUCGAGGCCGAACCUCAGGGUCUCUUUCUGAUAUACUCGCAUCAUUUCCUAAUCCCAGCGUAAUCACGCCGGAUACACGCAGCUCGUGGCCCGUGUUCUUCGGCGGCGGUGGACGUUCCAACCUCCGCAAUGUUGAACCAUUACCAUCGCACGAUGAUGUACCCGAAGAUCUUCCCUCUCAGCGGCGAUGUUGUGGUAUGCCCCGAAAAUGGUUCAUUCUGGUCUGCAUUCUGAUCUUCAUCGUCGUUGUUCUUGCCGUUCUUCUUCCAGUAUUUUUGGUUGCAGUCCCGCGGGAGAGCGCAGCAACUCACUCGUGUUCACACACAACACCGUGCUACCAUGGGGGUGUCAGCGUCUCAAGCGGUACGGAGUGCUCAUGCGUAUGCACAGAUGGUUAUACCGGCUCGCAGUGCACAGUAGUGGGAGACAGUAGCUGUGUAAUAGCGGAAGUCGACAGCGGCGGCGUUCAUGAGAACGCGACUAUGGGCGGCUCCAUUCCCUCGUUGCUGGAUCAAUCCAAAAGCAAAUUCAGCAUUGAUUUGGACGCGGUGACUAUCCUGGCCCUCUUCAAUUUACGAAAUAUCUCUUGUGAAUCUGAGGAUGCGCUCGUUGCCUUCAGCGAGGUUGACGUUAGUGGUAGCAGUGGUAACAGUCGUCGAUCUAUCCUUUCACUGGUAGAUACCGAUGUGAAUUCUACCUUCCAGGGCAAGGACAGUGUCGAUGAUCUCAAGCAGCCAGCUACAUCUACUACUACUCUCCUUGACCUUGUUUCUCCCGCGAUGGAGGCCCGGUCUCUGGCUAGUACCUCCAACGGUAUAUACUACGACAAUUCAGGUACCUCCGAAGCCGGAGCUUCUUCCACCAAGGAUGACUCGAAACUGGCCACAAGUGCUGCAAGCUCCACUACCAGCAUCACCGCCACAGCAGAAGCCACAGCGACAGCCACCAAUACCGGAGCGUCUUCGACCUCAACUUCAUCAUCAGCGAAUAUCCCGUCGGAGGUACUGGAGUUCUCUCGGGUGGCAGUUCUGUAUAUCCUAGAGAAGACCGGAUCGAUUGAUUCAGCAAAGGAGUCCGAGACGCAGAUUCAAACCUACUUGAUUGACUCGUAUCAGUCAGCGUCACAUCCCGCCGUAGAGGUGUUAGGAUGGUAUUCCCUAGACUUUGAGAAUAAGACAAUUACGACAGGGUGA